UAAUUGUGGGGUCCCACGUGCCAGCGCGUGGAAGUCGCGUUUGGGGCGGAGCUAUGACCAACUAAUAUCACAUCAGGGGCAGCAUCAGCUUUCCUCCCAACAAUCCCACGUCUCCAAUUUGCAUCUCAUCUCCUCAGCCACGUCUUUCCGUACCUUCAAUCUCCGUUAAGUGCGACCAUGCCACCAUCAAAGAAACAGAAAAUCAGCAAGGACUCGAGCGUUCCGACUCGCGAGGACGAUGCCAGCGCUUCAACGCCUCACGAGAGCAACGAUGAGGGCCGCGAUGUCAAAUCAAUCCCUCUGCAUGAAUACAUCUGCAUCCACCGACCGCACUUCGACCUCGAAGCCGAGAACCGCACCCUAGGCGAUGACGAGCUUGAAGGUGAGCUAGGUGAAAAGUACGUUAAGAUCUUUGAGGAGGAGAAGGCGAGCGGAAAGAUACUGCAGCCUGCGGCCGAUAACAAGGAGUGGAAGUGGGUCAUGAUGUGGGAGAGCUGGAAGAUGUUCUGCGAUUGGAGGCGGAGGGCCAAGUAUUGCGACCCGGAUAACUUCGGCAUGUACAUCUGCAAUGACUGGUACGGGUGGGGUUUGCAAGAAUUGAUGGAGAACCUGAUGCUCAAAUUCGAUGCGAAGCUGAGAGCGAAGGGUGAAGAUUCGUUCAAGGAGAUGUGGGCUGCUAUUAGCACGCUUGCUCUCUGGCUGAACGAGGAUGAAAUGGGCCCCUUCAUCAACAACGAAGAUGGCGACAAGGUCAAGGCUCUGACCGGCCUGAUGGGAUGCGCUCUGCUCACCGCCCUCGCUGCACUUGAAGAUGGCGGUGAACUAAAACCCGAUUCCAAAUUUCUCGAUCUACCUCUCGUCAUCAGCUCCUUCUUGGAAUGGGCUCACGACCUCGAUGCCUACGGUAUUGACGAGGACGCUGUCGAGUGGAGGACUCAUGCAGUAGCCUACUUUACCAAGGCAGGUCUGGACGUCGAGAAGGGCGUCUAUGGCACCGCCAAGUUGCUAGAGAUGUUGAAGGAAGAUGGCGAUGGCGACGGCGUGAAUGCUGCUGGGAAGUCGGAUAAGGACCCUUGGGGAUGGGCGAAGAGGCUUAGAGCGUAUAAGAGGGAUCACGGUACGCCGAACAUCGGUGGGUCACGCCAUGACAUUACCCGGAUGUCACGGAAGGAGAGGGCUCAAUAUGCGUUCGACGGGAAGGAUCCGUUGAAGGAUAUCUCGGCAAAGGAUUUGAAGGAGGGGAAUUUAGACUUCGUGUAGAGUUUUGCGCGUUGACUUGGAUUUAAAGAGCUUGCAAUACUAGGAGUUUGGUGUUGUAUACCA